CAAAGCAUGGCCGUUGUUGCGUCGUCUGUUGGUUUGGUUGUUACGAAAACGGAGCGACCUGUCAAAGAUCCGUUCGAAUCAUGGAAUUGUUGAGUAAAUUGAGUUUUUCUUAGUAAAAUAUGCGCCUUAAACUGGUUAAAAUAUUACUUGUGCUCGCGUUGGUUGGUAAUAUAGUCGUGUGGCAUAGAAUAUGGAAAUUAUUCGCGGGGCCGAGCGUCUCUCUGACGGCGGCGCCGGCCGCCUCGACGGUCGAAACAUCCCAAAAGGUUCAUCGGGGCUUAGCGCGGUCAGUGACGAUUGUUAUCCGUCAAUUUGAAACAUUCGAAAAUGACGUUUCUGCCACGGUCGAAUCCGUGAUGUCCGCCUUUCCUUCAAUUCCCAUUUUGAUAAUAUGCGACCAGCUUCCCUAUCCACCGCUGGAACUGGACUUCAAAAAUGACACAAUGCGAUACGUAAAGCUCAUCAAUCUCCAACUCAAUUUUAACAAGUCCUUCGAAGAAAGGAAUCCCCUCUUUUUCAUCAGAACAAAAUUCGUUCUAUUUCUUCCCGAUGCUACCAGAUUGAGCACCAAACAAGUAUUGCAGAGUAUGAUUAUCCAGGCAUCAAAGUUGGGGGCUGUUUCUGUGCCAGUCGGUGCCAGUCCUUUAAGUUGCAUUGGGAUGGCACUGCGAGUGAAAGAGUGGAGCCUAGAAAUGUCAAAUAUCGACGGAUCAACAUGUGAUUCUAUAAUUGGACGUCACGGUACUAUGAUUGAAUCUAGAACCUUGAGGAAAUUAUCCGAUCCAUUCAUUCUGCCAUUCACAGACGCUUUCUACAUCCAAACUACAGCGUUGGGAGCUAAGGUGCAUAUAAUGAACGACCAUCACUUCAAUGAAGGGAAGCCACUAUUUCGUAGCCAUCAGGCACAGUGGAAAGUGGAGCAGUUGUCUCGAAGUCGAGAACGUGAAAUGUUCCAGAAAUUAGGGAUAAAGAAAGUGACGCGCGUGUCUGGAUCUGUCGAAUGGUACGGCUGUUCUCGAGAGACCCCGAGGUGUUUUGGAUCUGUUGUUAAUGGAAUACCAUCCUACCUUUAUCAAAACCGAUACACACCUCCCUGUUGUUUAACGGGUCUGAGAAGAGUAGCUCAUCAUGUAUUUGAUAAGCUGGAAGAAGUUGGCAUUCGUUUUUGGAUUGAUGGAGAUUCGCUGCUGGGGGCGAUGAGAAAUGGAGAUAUUUUACCAUGGGGUUAUCAAGUUGACGUAGGAUUGAAUCGUGACGAUAUUACGAGGUCUCCGUGGUUGGCCAGAGCUAGAAACAAACCUGUAACAGACAACCAGGGAUUCGUUUGGGAAAAAGCUACAGAGGGUGAAUUUUUUAAAGUUCAAUACUCCAAAACAAAUCAUCUUCAUGUCAAUUUGCUUCCAUUUUAUGCAGAAAAUGGUACGAUGAUGAAAGAUGCCUGGUUUUUAAAGAACAAGGAUUUUCCGGAACAAUUUUUACAUCCGAUGUCCAGUAUCGAAUUUGCCGGCAGACAAGUACCGUGUCCAAAUAAUAUUAGAGAUUUUUUGGAAAUAAAAUAUUAUAAAGGUGUGAUAGAAAACCCUGAAGUACCUGGAAAACUCAUUCCUGAUUAGAAUUUUUUGAAAACCAUCUUUUUCAUAUCACAUGAUGGAUUAAUUAAAUGGCUGUAAUAGGUAUAGUUUAAUUUUUAUUUUUUAUUAUCAUAUAACGAUAUAGUACUUAAAGACGUGACACAGAUUAUUGACUUGCCAAACAAUGCGAUCAACUUGAAAAGAUCGUUGUAUUUCGUUGAAAUUAUAUUAACUUCUGUAUCUAUAUUUUUUCAAGCUUUGAAAUCAUUAUUACCUUAGAAGAUUAGUAGAGAUAACAUUCAGAAUAUUUGGAAGAAAAGUCUUAACUUGGCUGGGCAUCUCGUCUUAUUUUUUUUCCAUCUGGACAACAAAUUAUAAUGUGUGCGAAUAUCAUUUCAAUAACAAAUAUUGACUUCUCAGUUUGUUCGCCAGUUGGUUAGAUAUAUUUUAUGGGCUCUUCCGUACUGGUAAUGAAUUUACCGUUCAUUUCCAUCCCUACUUUUUCUCAGCAAUACUAUCAUAAAAUUAUGUCAUAAUAUUUUUGUCAUAAAUUCGUGCUUCUGGUAUAAGUGCCGAUAGUACCAUGAGAAAUUUGGAAUAAUUGUGUGAAAUUUUUUCACAAAAUGUUGAUAGUGAGUAAGGGUUGAAGCGUGUGGCUUUAUAAAAAAGACCAAAAACUUAAAUUUAACCCAGAAUUCAAAAUCGUUGAAGGUUUUGGUAGGAGUUUUCUUGUUACGUAGUUAUACAUAUACCAUGUAUAUUUAAAGAGGCUUUAUAUAAAUGUUACAUAUUCUUACCUGGCUCGACAAAGUCAUUAUCUUCAAUUCUUUUUUUUCGAUGAAAAAAAAACGAAGAAGAAAAGAAAAAGAAGGGAGAAGAAUAUUCCGCUGAGAGCGUGAAUAAUAAUAUGGAUUUUACAUGUGACGUCAACACUUAACAUUAGGCUUAUUCUAAUAUCCCAACAUUCACAUUUACUUGCUGAUAUAGGUAAAUAUGUAGGUAUAUAAUUAAAAGAAUGAAUUAAUCUGUCUUCGUCAUUCUCUUGUGAUAUCUUUAUUAACAAUUUACAAUGACACAGGGCGGCGUUCCAUUAGUGUACAGAAUGCAAGACCCAUCCAGAUCAAAACUCGUAUAACAAUUAUUCAACUAUUGUAGAUAUAGCAACAAAUGUCCAACAUGAACUUCUGAAAUAAAUUAUCUGAUAUUUUGACUCUCAA